UUAUGUGAGCAUUUUGAGAAUUCAGUUUCUUCAACAAGUGGGAAUAUCUUCAUUUGCUACAUUCCUUAUAUUGGAGACAGGUCACUCUCCACUAAAUGCAGAUAGGUAAAUAAUGUAGCCUUCCCAAUGUUGAAGAGUGUUUUUUGUACCUCAUUCAAGGACUAGGUUAUUGGGUUCAAUAGAAACCUAACCAUAAUAACCAAUAGAAGAACUGAGUUAAUGGUCAUUGAUUAAUAUGACUUUGACAUUGUUAAUAUUUCAACUAAAUCAUUGAUGUUGAAUCAGCAACUUUAGAUUCUGAAAAUUAAUUUUCAUGGUCUCUGAAGCAUUAAGUGAAACUGUCAGUCUCCUCUUCCUUUUCUGGGGGACCAUGCGGCUUUUGUGAUGUCCCAUUGUUACACGCUGUGUCUUUUCUUGCAUUUUCCUUUGUGGGAACACAUGCAACAUGCACUCAAUUUUUGAAUAGAUUGCCAUAGUAUACUCCUGUUGCUUGAAAUAUUUUCUGCCACAAUGUAUUUGCAUUUACUUCUGGUAUUUAAAGCUUUGGGUGGCUAUUGCAAUGGAGACUGACUAGAGAAGCUUUCAUGGGCACUUUUGCAGGGCAUAUUCUACCUGCUUUGGCUUUAAUCCUCCUUGGAUUAUGGCACACCAUCAACACUAUCAGAGCCUACUGCCUCAAAGGCUCUACUAACUUCAAUGUGAAGUUUUGGUACCCAUUUCACAGCCCUCUUUCACGACUCAAACACUUGGAGCUUAUCUUCAUCCUGUUUUUCUCUGUCUUUGCAAUUUUUUUGCAACUUUUAGAUUUCCCUUUCCUCCACUUUGCUUUCAAGCUUGACAACUUUGAACAUGCAACCAUGUUUCUUCAUCUUGCCAUAUUUGCAGGUUUCACACUUUCUGCAGAGGUAACUCAUUCAUCUGAAAUCCUUUCUGGGGUCAGCGGAAUACUUGCAGCCUCUGUUUUUUGUCAAGAACUUUUCCUGCUCCAUUUCCACUCAACUGACCAUGUUGGACUUGAAGGUCAUUAUCAUUGGCUUUUGCAGCUCAUAGUGUUUGUGUCCCUUGUGUCAGCUUUAGCUGCAACUAGUUUUCCAUCCAGUUUUCCUGCAGCUCUUGUUCUUUCGAUUUCUGUUGUAUUCCAAGGCUGUUGGUUUAUGAUCAUGGGGUUUGUGCUAUGGAUUCCUGGAUUUGUACCUAAGGGUUGUGCUAUUCAGUUGCCUGAGACCAGCACUUAUGACAUACAUGGAGCAGUCGCUUGCGGAUCUAUUGAUGCAGACUUAAGGGCUAGGGCCCUGGCCAAUUUGCAAUUUAGUUGGAUACUGUCUGGAAUUUUGUUGUUCACUGGGUGUGUUUGCCUGAAAUUAGCUGAAAGGUGCACCUCAAGGGGCCAGUCAACUGAGUAUGAGCAGCUUUGCAUUAGAGAUGUUGAACUUUUGGUCAGUGCUCAUCCGAUAUGCCCCUAUUCCUGUGAAUUUUGACCUGUCAUUAUUAAGCCCUCCUGAAGCCAAGGCGAAGUUAGAAUUUUGUGGCUUUUCUUAUCAGAUAUAGAUACCUUUCGGGGCAACUUCUAUAAUAUAUGAAAGUUGAUGUCAUGUACAUUUUAGAAUGGCAAAUAAUGCCUGGCUGAGAUUUCAUCCCUGUGCUUGUAAUUAAAACUAUGAAGCUUGUAGUUCUGUUGCUCUUCUGAGUGAUGCAACUUGUCAAUGGUUAAAAAUAGAAGCAAUUUAUAAUAACACAAACAUAUUUAUUAGCGAUUUA